AUGUUGAGGCAUAAGCAAGAAAUCAUACAACCAAGGAUGACAAAUGAUUCAUCUGACCCGUUCGCUAUAUCUGAUAAUGAGUUUGCUGAUCUAUUAUGGGAGAAUGGUCAAAUUGUGAUACAGAGCCAGACUAGUAGGGCUCCAAAGAGCUCCUUUCCUAGCACUGCCUUCUGUUAUGGCACAGUUCAAGCAAAACAGACCAGGGAAAAAGAUCCAAAAUUCUCUCAGUCGCGAUCUGAUGGACAUGAUUAUUGCACAACAAAGCAUUCUGCGAACAGGGGAGUGAAUACUCAAGAAGAUGAUACUGUCCCAUGGAUUAGUUUUCCAGUCGAGGAAGUCUUGACAAGUGAGACUCUCCAGCCCCAGAAUGAUUAUUGUGCUGAGUUCUUGAAUGAGUUCUUAGCAUUUGAUAUGGAUCCUCUUUCCGCACCCAAGUGUAGUAUUGCUGCAACAGGUCAAUCUGACAAGUUCAGUCAAGAAGUUAGGAGAUCAAACAACACGGACAGGAGCCAUGCUACUAAAGCACCUAGAUGGAAUUGGGCGUCGGGCAGAAUGAAGGCCACCCAUCCACAGCAAAAUCAUGCUUCAGCUCUUAAUUCAAAGUCGACUGUAGUUGAUAGCUGUGGUAGUGCUAUCGACGUAGCUCAAAAACUGCAUUGUAGGGAUGUGAUGGACAGAAGGUUGCAAAAUCAGGGAUUGAAAAGUUCCAAGCAACUGCAGCAACCAACCAUAUCUGGUCUGAUGAACUUCUCCCAUUUUGCAAGACCUGCUGCACUAGCCAAGGUUACACAUCAAAGUGCUGUUGGAUGGAAAAGAAUUGACAAGGCCUCCCCUCCUCCAAACAGCAAUCCAGUCAGAUUGACACCUAUUAAAAGUGUUAGCAGUACUAAGGAUGCUAACAAGGUAUCAGGGCAGUCUGGCUCAGAUCCACACAAGUUGGUAUUGGGUUCAGCUAUGGAAGAUCUUCAAGGAGGAGGCUCAGUUGAGUUGUCUAAUAAAAUUCGUACAGAAGAUGCUUUGAGGAAGACUAUUCAGAAUUGCACUAAAAUGCCAGAUAAUCUUCCAAGCUCAAAUGUGGCAACAAGUAUGGUCUUGUGUGGACAUGACAUAGAAGCUCCUGAAGCAGCAUUGCCUUAUAUGUGUUCAGUGAAAAUAACUGGAACUGCAUCGAAUGAACCAAAACAUGGUGAAAAGAGAAAGGAAUGUGAUGAAGAAGAGCUUGGGUAUCUCAGCCACAGCGAAGAUCUCCAAGAGAAAUCAGCAGACAUAAGGAAACCACCAAACGGAAGCAAUGCACAAACAAAGAGAAGCCAUGCUGCAGAAGUUCACAAUUUAUCAGAAAGAUUAUUUAUCCAGCGGAGGAGGAACAGGAUUAAUGAGAAAAUGCGUGCACUGCAAGAGCUUAUACCCAACUGUAACAAGGUGGACAAAGCUUCAAUGCUUGAAGAGGCCAUUGAGUAUCUCAAAACACUUCAGAUGCAAAUUCAGAUCAUGUCCACGGGAAGCAGGCUGUAUAUGCCACCGAUGAUGUUAACUCCUGCAAUGCAACACAUGCAUACACCAACGCUGCCCAAUUUCUCACCAGCAAACCUAAGAAUGAGCACAAGCACAGAAUUAGUCCUGGGUUGUCCAGUGCUCCCAAUUCCACCAAUGCAUGUACCGCAGUUUCCAUGCGCUCCAAGUUCCAGACAAUCAGGCUUGAAUGGGAUACCCAGACAUGAAAAUCCUUCAUCAUUUGGAAUCCAAAGGCCAGGGAUUCCAGUUUUGAUGCCACGACCUCCUCAAUUUAGUACCUUGGCAGGGCCUUCUAUGAAUACAGACUCUGCACCAGAGGUACAUGCACAAACUGCUAUAGCAGAUACUGAAGAGCAUGAGCGUCAGAACUUGAAUGUAAGCCCAUAA